AGGAGAGAGGUCGGGCUAGGGGCACAGUGCCGGAUGCGAGUAUAGCCGGCACCACUUGGUUCAGGUUGGCGUUAGUUGGGGCGCGGUAGCCCGUGGGUGUGGUUAUUCUCGUUGUCUUCCUCUGUGUAUCACAAGAUGGCUGGUGACGAAGAAGCUGCCCCAGUUGAAGAGGCACCCGCCCCUGCUGAGGGCGAGGCUCCCCUGGAAGGUGAAGAGGCCCUUGAACCGCCUCCAGCGCCUAAGAAGAAGCCCAAGUUCUUCGUGCACUGGAACAGGCGCAAGCCCCGCUUCUACGACUACAACUGGGACUACGGGGACAAUUACUACAGCUCGCUCGUCAAGUAUAUGGACACCAAGUCUGGUGAUGUGCCCCGCCGCAUGGCCUUCGCUGAGCGCGGCAUCCGCAGCAACGUGAUCCGCCGCACCGUGCCCGACACCCGCACCGCCUCGCUCCUCGACGACGUCCGGAAGUCUAUCAGGAACUUUGAGCUCUCUCAGAAGACCUACAUGAAGUAAAGAACCAGUCCCCCAACUCCUGCUAUCAGCUGAACGAGUCAUCCAAACAGAUCAUCCUGUGUUGUAGAGGGAAAACUAUCUGACUGCUGCCACAGUUGUGCUUGCGUCAUCAUGGCGCCCGUACGGUCACCUUCAGCGCCUCACGGUCACCAGCAAGUCAUGUUGCUCUUAAUAGGGAAGAAAAGGGACAAAACCGGAAUACCUUUUCUCAAGACCUCUUGUCUUUCACGUUCAAGACAACGCCAUCACUCACACUCCUCCAUCAGGAGCUCCUUCGUCAUAAAAGAUUGCAAAUUGUGGGCGCCAUUUUUUUAAAAUAAGAUCAUCAUCAUAAAUUAGCAUCUAUUAUCUUCAGUUAAUUUGUAAUUAUUAUUAACAUAACUAUUCCUUUAAUAUCAGAUUCUCUUCUUUUGGUAUAUAUGUUAAGCGAUGCACACUGUCGCUAUCUUUGUGUCUGUAUCCUCCAAUAGUGUCCUCCUUCUGUGUGCAUACUUGUGCAUGUACGUAUUGGUGUUGUAUGUGUACUUUUGUGAGGGUGUGUGUGUUAGUGCCGGCUCGCCCCAACUCAGCUGACCUCACAUCGCUGGCGUGUAUAGACAAGUACGCCCCCACGGUAACCCCAGCCGCCGUGGCGUAGUGUCAUUCCGUCGCGUGUGCGUGGACAGCCACUUCAGCUUAAAUACUACACCACAAGCUGUCUUAUAGAGGUGGCGGGGAGAUCCUUGGGGCCAGGGCGGCCCAGUCUGGUGCGUCGAGCAAGACCCGGACGCUGAUCUGCAAGGCCGGACGCCGACCCCACAGACGCUAGUUCGCGGGGCCGGACGCCGACCCCACAGACGCUGGUUCGCGGGGCCGGAUGCCGACCCCACAAACACUGGUUCGCGGGGCCGGACGCCGACCCCGCGGACGCUGGUCCACGGGGUCAGCGUGCCCAGUCCAUCUUGAUGUAAAGACUGAAUCGUCAGUGGUCGCUGAGGAUCCUCACGCCACGUUAUUAUUUUUUUUUCACGAUCUGAUCAUAUCUAUGACUUUUUCAGUAAUACUGCUGAUGUGUCUGAGAUAUCAGUAAUGAUAAUGAUAACUGAGAAAGAGGACACCUCUUUCUUUCUAUUCAUAAUACUCUCAAAUACUUUAUCUGUAAAGUGAAGGAGAACUUUGAUAAAAAAAUAAUACCAUCUAAAAUAAA